UCCUUUUUUUCCUCUCUCACUUCCUUUCGGCCCCUCCGUUGCACUCGUUCUCGGUGCAACAGCAAAUCGCAGCUCGCAAUGCCUUGCGUGCCAGCUCCGAUCUCCUGACCCCAAUCCAAUCCGCACCCCACAUCCGACUCCACCAACAAACAAAUCCGUAUCACCCUCCGAUUAUCCAGGACCGUUGCACUGCCAAUCCGCGUGGGGGGUUGGGGGUUUAACUCGAUCGCUCCGUGGCCUGUCUUCCAAUCCGCCGCCAAGAACUCGCAAUACGCGCGAGGAAGGGGAAGGGAAAUCUGCGCUGAUUUGCAGCGGCGAUUCGAGUUGCGCUCCGCCUUUUUAUCGCGAGCGAUCGGAUUUAUUCCGUUCUUUCUUUUUUUGUCCCUGAACGGGCGGCGGCGAACAGGGGAGAGCCCAAGAAUUGGAGGCGGCGCCGCCGGCGCUACUAGAAUCCGCUGCCUGGUUCGAACUGAAGGGGGGAGCCGAGGGAUGGGGUCCCUGCUGUGCUGCCUGCGCUACCCAGAGGACGGCUCGGUGGCGCCGCCCGUCUGCUGCUUCUGCCUGCCAUGGCCUUUCGUUUACCACGGCGUGGACUCGGGCUCUGCUGCUCGUCACAGAGGUGAUACACGGGUCGCUCCUGAUCGUGGAAGGAUUCCUCUUGCAGCUUGCACCUCUGCAGGACAAGUAGAUUCAAUGGAUACUUUCCGCGCUCCUCCAAGGCCUUUGCCUUAUGAUGAUCCUCGAUUCAGCCCUCCGAUGGUGCAACACCCAAUAGUGUCAGGACACGACAAAUCAUCAACACAUUUUCAGAAACCUGGACAACUUACAGAAAGAAAGAAUACUGAUAUUGGAUCAACUUGCACAUCUCAAAAGGUUGAUGGGUCAUCAGUAAAACAUCACUUAGGAGGUUCAAGAAUUGAUGGAAUACAAGUCUCUGAUUCUUCUGACAAUGAGGAUGACUGUCCUAUAUGCCUAGAAGAAUAUGGUUAUGAGAAUCCAAAGAUUGCAUUGCAGUGCAACCAUAAUUUCCACCUUAGUUGCAUUUACGAAUGGAUGGAAAGAAGUCAAGCUUGCCCAGUCUGCGCAAAGGUUAUGUUGUUCAACGAUGAUGAAUGACCCUGCUGAGGCAGAGUCUUCAUCGAUGGCAAGUGGAAAACCCAGGCUAAAUCCAAUAUUCUGUGUACAUAGCACUGAUGGAAUACAGUCGCUAGAUUGUUUGCUGAAACUUCCAGCGGCGCGCAAAGAUUUGAUUUUUCUUUGUAGAGUAGAGAAUCCAUCCCCCACUUUUUUUUGUUUUGUGCCAAUUUACAUUUGAUAUUCUAAACUGAUGGGGUCAUUGAUGUUACAUUUCCACGAUGAUGGUUACGUUAGGUUUUCAUGCUGAAAAUCUUAGGUUGUGCAAACCUCAGUUUGUGGCUGAUAUUCAAAGUGAAUUAACAAGAAACAGAUUAGUGGCCAUUAGUGCCACCUCUUGGCCAAUGAUUUGCAGGAGGA